AUGCCAAUGAAGGAUUCACCGUGUACGAUUGCAGCAACGGCGAGUUGGUCUUCCGAGUUGACUCGUGCGAGCUCGACGCCCGGGACAGAGACGAGCUCGUCUCACGGGUCCCCACGGCCGCUGCUUAAUCACUUUCCGAAAGAAGGUAAACCCAGUACAAGAACAAUACGCACUCUCAGUAUCACAUUACCGAGUCAUGAUGAAGUUCAAGGGAGUAGUUGA